GGGACCGGCCCGACAGGUGAGGGCGGCGCGGGGAAGCCGGCGGGCGGCUGCCCGCUCUCAGCUAGGUGCCGAGCUGGGCACCUGGAGGGCCGGGGAGGAGGAGGGCGCGAGGGUACUGUGGCUGCUUUCUGUAGUAGCACACCAUUUGCACAACUGACUCCUUGGGACUUCAUGCAGCCAUGGAUCUGGAUAAACCCUCGGUCUGGGGCUCCUUUAAACAGCGGACAAGGCCCUUGCUACUCAACCUGGGCAAGAAGAAGAUGAAAAAGAACCCAAACAAACCCCUUGGCUUAAGGGCCAGGAACCACCUGGACCGACGGCUCAGCCUGUCGGUGCCUGACCUCCUGGAGGCUGAGGCCUUGGCCCCCGCAGGGCGGCCUUACUCUGGGCCCCAGUCAUCCUACACCUCAGUGCCCAACAGUCUGUCCACUGCGGGGCUGCUGCCGAAGAGCAGCAGCAGCUCCUUGAAGCAGUCAGAGGAAGAGCUGGAGUGGAGCCAGGAGGAGAGUGGCCACCUGUACGGGGCGGACACUGACUCGGAGGAAGCCCACGCCUCCCCCGCUGCUCAGCGGUCUGUGUCCAGCCAGGGAGCUGGCGAAGCCCAGAAGAUGUCCCUGGGUCGGGAUGAGCCAGAGGAGCCGGAGAAGCUCAGUGGAAGCAUGGAUCUGAAUGCUAUGACGUCCCGGAAUUUUGAAGAACAAUCUGCUCUCGGGGAAGCAGGCGAUGGCGUGAGCGGCCUCCCGAGCCCCUUUGCGUACCUCCUCACCAUACACCUGAAGGAAGGCCGCAACCUGGUCGUGCGGGACCGGUGUGGCACAAGUGACCCAUAUGUGAAAUUUAAGCUGAACGGGAAGACGCUGUACAAAAGCAAAGUCAUAUAUAAGAAUCUGAACCCAAUUUGGGAUGAGAUAGUUGUCCUACCCAUCCAGAGCCUUGAUCAAAAGCUACGUGUGAAGGUGUAUGAUAGAGAUUUAACCACAUCUGAUUUUAUGGGUUCUGCAUUUGUGAUUCUCAGUGAUCUUGAACUUAACAGGACGACUGAACAUAUUUUAAAGUUGGAAGAUCCAAACAGCUUAGAGGACGACAUGGGAGUCAUUGUGCUGAAUCUGAACCUAGUAGUGAAACAAGGCGAUUUCAAAAGACAUCGCUGGUCUAAUAGGAAGCGGUUAAGUGCCAAUAAGUCCUCUUUGAUACGCAACCUGCGACUCUCAGAGUCCUUGAGGAAGAACCAACUCUGGAAUGGGAUUAUAAGUAUCACCCUGCUGGAAGGCAAAAAUGUCUCGGGAGGAAGCAUGACCGAGAUGUUCGUUCAGUUGAAACUCGGGGAGCAGAGGUAUAAAAGCAAGACACUGUGUAAGAGUGCAAAUCCGCAGUGGCAGGAACAGUUUGACUUUCACUACUUCUCUGACAGGAUGGGCAUUUUGGACAUUGAAGUGUGGGCAAAGGACAGCAAAAAGCACCAGGAACGUCUGGGCACGUGUAAAGUGGAUAUCUCGUCACUGCCGCUGAAGCAAGACAACUGCUUGGAGCUGCCGCUGGAGAGCUGCUCGGGGGCCCUGCUUCUGCUGAUCACACUGACGCCCUGUGCUGGCGUCUCCAUCUCCGACCUGUGUGUUUGCCCCUUAGCAGACCCCAGCGAGAGAGAGCAGAUUGCUCGGAGAUACUGCUGGCGGAACUCCCUAAAAGAUCUGAAGGAUGUUGGCAUUUUGCAAGUGAAGGUUUUGAAAGCAGUGGAUCUCUUAGCUGCCGAUUUCUCAGGAAAGAGCGACCCUUUCUGCUUGCUGGAGUUAGGCAACGACCGGCUUCAGACACACACCGUUUACAAAAACCUCAACCCCGAGUGGAACAAAGUUUUCACGUUUCCCAUUAAAGAUAUCCAUGAUGUUUUGGAAGUGACAGUGCUGGAUGAAGACGGAGAUAAACCCCCGGACUUUCUUGGAAAAGUUGCCAUUCCCUUGCUAUCUAUUAGAGACGGACAGUCAAAUUGUUAUGUGCUGAAGAACAAAGAUUUAGAGCAAGCUUUCAAGGGAGUUAUUUACCUAGAGUUGGACCUGAUAUACAAUCCGGUGAAAGCAGGUCUCAGGACCUUCACCCCCAAAGAGAAGCGCUUUCUGGAAGACAGCCGCAAGCUGUCCAAAAAGAUCUUAUCGCGGGAUGUGGACCGGGUGCGGAGGAUCACGGUGGUGCUCUGGAACACGGUGCAGUUCCUGAAGAGCUGUUUCCAGUGGGAAUCCACCGCGAGAAGUGCAGUGGCGUUCGUGGUGUUUUUGGCCACUGUCUGGAACUUUGAACUCUACAUGAUCCCCUUGGCUUUGUUGCUGCUCUUUAUCUACAAUUUCCUCAAACCGACCAAAGGCAGAGUCAGCAACGUCCAGGAGGGCCAGGAGAGCACAGAUGUAGACGAGGAGGAAGAUGAAGAUGACAAGGAAUCCGAGAAAAAGGGGUUUAUUGAGAGAAUCUACAUGGUGCAGGAUAUUGUUUCAACUGUCCAGAACAUCUUAGAGGAAGUAGCUUCUUUUGGAGAAAGAAUUAAAAACACGUUGAACUGGACGGUCCCAUUCCUCUCGCUGCUGGCCUGUCUGACGCUGGCAGGGGCCACCAUCGCUUUGUACUUCAUCCCACUGCGGUACAUCAUUUUAAUCUGGGGCAUAAACAAAUUUACUAAGAAGCUUCGAAAUCCCUAUUCUAUCGACAACAACGAGCUACUAGACUUCCUCUCGAGGGUACCCUCUGAUGUUCAAAAGGUGCAGUACGCAGAACUGAAGCUCUGUAGCAGCCAGAGCCCGGUUCGCAAGAAGCGCAGUGCUCUCUAGGACGCACGCCGUGUGGACCGCAGCGCCAGGGCGCGCCACAGCUGUGCUGAUGGUAUCCAGGAAUGCGUGGCAUGAGUAACAUUCUCUGUUCUCCCUCGUUCUUCACCCGCACAGAUGCACACAUGUGCACCAAUAGUGUGUCCUACCUGCAGCUGAGGGUCAGCCUGGCAAAAGGAAAUGAUCUGGAGACUGUGAAAGGCUAAUACUCAUUCUGAAUCAGAAGGCAAAGCAAGGCCGACAUGGGUUGGAACGCUUUUCCUGAACACAGCAGGGAGACCCCUUGGGUUGAGGGGGACAAUCCACUCAUUUUCUCAGUUCCAAAAUAUUUUCAUUACGAUGCCGCUACGUGCACUCCCCACCCUUCACUCCUUUCGUACUACUGUCCCCCUAAGUUUCUUUUCUGUUUAUGUCUUGAUAAUCAUCAGUUGUAUAAAUAAUGUGUUAUAAGAAGACCUCCUCCUAAUGACGAGCAGGAGCCUCACUAUUUAGGAGCCUUUCAGCCGUGAUUCGCAAGGGCAGGCAUGUCAGGUUCCCGUGACCAGUGUGUGACGGACACCGGGCUGGCAAUGGGCUGUCUCCUGGGAGACUCCAGCGAUCUCUCCUUCCAAGAGGGAGGGGUUUAGGAAAGUACACUCUUGCCUUAAAACAUCAUGUCUUCCAGCUUGAUAGUUUCCUCAGUAAAACGUCAACAUACAGCUUCGACACAGCAGUAGACAUGGAGUGGACGAUCAGUGAAUUUGGAGAGGAUUUAGAAAGAUAAAGAGCGGGAAAGCAAGAGACUGAUACAUGGAGCUGCUUACCUAAUUAUCAUUUCAUUCGUCUGGAUAUUUUCAACAGAAAGUCAAAAUAUUUGCUCUCUCCGAAUUCAUCCCUUGUAACUCUGAGGAGCGAGAUAAGCUACAUACCGUAAGAAUGUCCGAGCC